UUCUUUGGAAGGGGAAAUUUUGCGAGGAACAGAGGAUCAGUUCGAGGUUUCAGAUCCGUGAAAUUGAGCAGGAGCUGCCAUGGGAUAUGUGCUACGAGUGAGGUUUGCGUCGUUCUUCACGGGCGCCGCGAUUGCUUCCGCCGCAGGGCUCUACUUUCUCCAGAAGGAUUAUAAGAAUGCUCACCAAGCCAUUUCGGAACAGAUGAAUAGCCUUUACCAAACUCUGGACGGGCGUGUAACUGCGCUAGAGAAUUUGAAAAAGGCCGAGCCUCCAAAGCCUGUGGAUGCUGCCGAAUAAAAACUCCAACUGAACAUGUCCUUGUGAGAUUCUUGUAACCCUUUUUAUUUAUUGCAAUUAUAUUUAGGUUUAGUUUUCUGGAACAAAUUGAGCUCGGUUCUUACAGCUUUGCAAUGGCACUAAUUUAUUGUGAUCGGAUCGACCAAACACAGUUAAUUUGCACGCCGCAGGCCAAAUCAUACCGACUCUCACAAGAUGCUGAGAAUUUUGAAAUAAAACAGACAAUGGUACGAUGUUUUAGUUUCAAGCUGUUGUGCAUUUUCUGUGGUCUAUAGCCUAUAGCUUUCCGAGAGUGUGUACAAUUCGAGUAAAUAUUUUCCCGGCAUUGCCCCGGCUGAGUCUGGUGUUGUUCCUAUAAUCUUUUUUAAAUUUGAUUUCAGUUUUUCUAUUAUG